ACAGCACCAUGCACGUCACUUUGGUUGCAUCAAAAACAGCUUCAAACUUUUGGUUCCAGCAAAAUAUACUUCCAGCACAGCAUCAACCUUCAACAGUUUGAUUCACAGAGAGCUGACGGAUAUUGAUCUAUUGGGAGAGAAUAAUAAUGACGGAAAGUGGAGGACCGUCAGGUAGUGUUAAUGGGAAUGGAUAUAAGAAGAAAGGAUCGGAGGAGACUACACAGAAGGUGGCAUUCUAUAAGUUGUUUGCGUUUGCUGACAAAAAGGAUAUCGUUUUGAUGGUGGUGGGAACCGCUUCUGCCAUUGCUAAUGGACUCAGCCAGUCGUUCAUGACUCUUAUUUUUGGCCAACUCAUCAACUCCUUUGGCGCCACCAAUCGUUCCAAUGUUGUUCAUGAAGUUUCAAAGAUAGCAGUAAAGUUUCUGUAUUUGGCUGUCGGCACAGGCAUAGCUUCAUUUUUACAGGUGUCAUGUUGGAUGGUAACUGGAGAAAGACAGGCUGCUAGAAUUCGAGGUUUGUACUUGAAAACAAUAUUGAGAAAAGACAUCGCCUUCUUUGACACUGAAACAUCAACUGGAGAAGUCAAUGGGAGAAUGUCUGGAGAUACAAUCCUUAUUCAAGAAGCCAUGGGAGAAAAAGUGGGGAAGUUUAUACAACUUAUCUCAACAUUUUUGGGAGGCUUUGUAAUUGCCUUUAUAAAAGGAUGGCUUCUAGCACUCGUUUUGCUUUCAUGCAUUCCUGCUGUAGUAAUUGUUGGUGGAAUCAUGUCAAUGAUGAUGUCCAAAAUGUCAAGCCGCGGACAAAUUGCGUAUGCAGAUGCAGGAAAUGUUGUGGAGCAAACAGUUGGAGCCAUUAGAACAGUUGCAUCCUUCACCGGGGAGAAGCGAGCGAUAGAAAAGUACAAUAGGAAGCUCCAAGUCGCUUACGCUGCUACCGCUCAUCAAGGGCUGGCCUCAGGCAUCGGACUUGGUUUACUUAUGCUCAUUAUCUUUGGCACUUAUGGACUUGCCGUAUGGUAUGGAUCCAAAUUGAUCAUUGAGAAAGGAUAUAAUGGAGAAAUAGUCAUUACUGUAACAUUUGUUGCGGUCUUUUGUAACAGGUCAUUGGGUCAGACAUCCCCCAGUGUGAAUGCAUUUGCAGCAGGACAAGCUGCUGCAUAUAAGAUGUUUGAAACAAUAAAACGCAAACCAAGCAUCGAUCCAUAUGACACCAGUGGGAUAACAUUGGACAACAUUGAGGGUGAUAUUGAACUGAAAGAUAUUUAUUUUAGAUACCCUGCUAGACCCGAGGUGCAGAUCUUUUAAGGCUUCUCAUUGCAUGUUCCAAGUGGUACAACAGCAGCUUUAGUUGGGCAAAGUGGAAGUGGCAAGUCAACAGUUAUCAGCCUUCUGGAGAGAUUCUAUGAUCCUGAAGCUGGUGAAGUACUUAUAGAUGGUGUUGAUUUAAAGAAGUUGCAGCUCAGAUGGAUAAGGGAGAAGAUUGGUCUAGUUAGUCAGGAACCCAUCCUAUUUGCAACCAGUAUAAAGGAGAACAUAGCAUAUGGGAAAGGAAAUGCAACUAAUCAAGAGAUUAGAACAGCAAAUGAGCUUGCUAAUGCUGCAAAAUUUAUUGACAAGCUACCCCAGGGGCUUGAUACAAUGGGAGGUGAGCAUGGAACUCAACUAUCUGGUGGACAAAAGCAACGAAUUGCAAUUGCAAGGGCCAUUUUAAAGAAUCCAAGAAUUCUUCUUCUUGAUGAGGCUACAAGUGCCCUGGAUGCUGAGUCUGAACGCAUUGUCCAAGAUGCACUGGAUAAAAUUAUGACAAAUCGGACAACUGUGGUUGUUGCACAUAGCUUGACAACUAUCAGAAAUGCCGACAUGAUCGCAGUGGUGCAUCAGGGGAAAAUCGCGGAGAAAGGAACUCAUGAGGAGUUGAUCCAAGAUCCUAAGGGAGGUUACUCUGGGUUGGUUCGCCUGCAAGAAGGAGCUAAAGAAGGUGUAGAUGCUCAAACCACUGAUGCAGAUAAGUCAGAUACCAGUUUUGAUAACAUGGAAAAGAUCAUGACAGGGUCUAGGAGCCACAGAGUAUCUACAAGAACAUCGAUGAGUGGAGGUUCAUCAAGUAGAAGAUCAGGGAGUGGAGGUUCAUCAGGUAGCCGACACUCCUUCAGUUUCAGCUAUAAUUUUCCUGGCACUAUUACUUUGUAUGAGACUAAUGAAGAUGGGGAGGUGAGAGCUGAAAGAUCUAAUGGGAAUGAGAAGCGACAGAAAGUUUCAAUCAGGAGACUGGCCUAUCUGAACAAACCUGAGAUUCCAGUUUUGUUGAUUGGAUCACUAGGUGGUGUACAUGGUUUAAUAUUUCCUGCAUUUGGUCUCUUGCUCUCAUCAUCCAUUAGAAUUUUCUAUGAACCGUCAAAUCAACUACAGAAAGAUUCCAGGUUUUGGGCACUUAUGUACUUGAGUUUGGGCUUUACUACUGUAGUAGCUAUACCGUUACAAAAUUACUUCUUUGGAGUUGCUGGAGGUAAACUGAUUCAAUUAAUUUGUUCCUUGACAUUGGAGAAAGUUGUGCACCAGCAAAUCAGUUGGUUUGAUGACUCUGCAAAUUCAAGUGGUGCGAUUGGCGCACGGUUAUCAACUGAUGCUUCUACCGUUCGAAGUCUAGUUGGUGAUACCUUGGCCUUAAUUGUCCAGAACAUAGCAACAAUCACAGAAGGGCUAGUCAUAGCCCUUACCGCUAACUGGAUAUUAGCUUUUAUAAUUUUAGCAGUGUCUCCAGUGAUGUUAAUUCAAAGAUACUUUCAAACAAAGUUUCUGAAGGACUUCAGUGCAAACGCAAAGCUGAUGUAUGAGGAAGCGAGUCAAGUGGCUAAUGAUGCUGUUGGCAGCAUUAGAACUGUUGCCUCAUUCUGCACAGAAAAGGUGAUGGACUUGUACCAAAAGAAAUGCGAUGCCCCCAUGAAACAAGGAGCCCGUCUAGGGCUUGUAAGUGGUGGAGGUUUUGGCUUUUCUUACUUUGCUCUCCACUGCUCAAAUGCAUUCUGCUUCUACAUUGGAUCAAUAGUUGUGCACCAUGGAAAAGCAACAUUCGGAGAAGUUUUCAAGGUUUUCUUUGCAUUGACAAUUGCAGCCAACUGUGUCUCGGAAACCACUGGCUUGGCUCCAAACACCAACAAAGCUAAGGAUUCAGUAACUUCAAUAUAUGAAAUUCUUGACAACAAUCCUAAAAUUAACUCGAGCAGCAAUGAAGGAAUGACACUAACAAGUAUACGAGGUGAUAUUUUAUUUGAACAUGUCAGUUUCAAAUAUCCAACAAGGCCAGAUGUUCAAAUUUUCCGAGACCUGUGCUUGAGCAUCCCUUCUGGAAAGACUUUAGCUCUUGUUGGAGAGAGUGGUAGUGGAACUGUAAUAAGCCUUAUAGAGAGAUUUUAUGAUCCUGAUUCUGGCCAUAUAUUCUUUGACAAUGUAGAUAUAAAAAAAGUUAAAAUAAGUUGGUUGAGGUAACAGAUGGGCUUAGCGAGUCAAAAGCCAAUACUCUUCAAUGAAACCCUCCGCGUGAACAUAGCCGACGGCAAACAUGGAGAUGCUACUGAAGACGAGAUCAUUGCAGCAACAAAAGCAGCAAAUGCACACAACUUCAUAGCUGCAUUGCCAAAUGGCGAUGACACCAAUGUAGGCGAGCGAGGAGGGCAGAAGCAAAGGAGCAUAGCAAGGGCUAUACUUAAGAAUCCGAAAAUUCUUCUCCUUGAUGAGGCGACAAGUGCACUAGACGCAGAGUCGAAACGAAUAGUUCAAAAUGCAUUAGACAGUGUGAUGGUGAAUAGAACAACUGUAAUUGUUGCUCAUCGCCUCACCACAAUAAAAAAUGCAGACAUAAUAGCUGUAGUGAAGAAUGGUGCGAUCGCAGAGGAAGGACGACACCAGGUGCUGAUGAAAAUCACUGACGGGGCUUUUGCGUCCUCAGUUGCCCUUCACAUGACCGCUGUAUAA